AUGGAAGGUUUGUGUUUUCGUUUCCUCCUGUUAUUCGUUUUCCUACUUUGUUCUCAUACACGGCAUCAAGUCAACGCGACCGAACCGGUUCUAGAGUUAACCAAAGGCUUCGAAGCCAAACCGGACUCGUCCAUCGACUCCUUCCAGCCACUCCUCACUGACCCGAGCGGAAACUUUUCGUUCGGGUUCCUACGUUUAAACGGGUCACGCCUCACACUCGCUGUAACCCACCCGAACUUAACGGACCCCCUCUGGGUUUUCGACCCGACCCGAACAGCGAGCUGGUCACACAAAACGAAACUAUUCUUCAACGGCAGCCUCGUGGUCUCCGACCCUUCCUCGAGGGUAGAAUGGUCAACUCACACUAACGGAGACCGUCUCGUCCUCCGUAACGACUCCAAUCUCCAAGUGGUGUCCACGUCAUCCUCCUCAAUCGAGUGGGAGAGUUUCGAUUUUCCCGCGAACACACUCGUCGAGAAUCAAAACUUCACCUCCACGAUGGCUCUGGUUUCAUCCGACGGCUUGUAUUGGAUGCGGUUAGGACGCGACUUCAUCGGACUAUACGCUAAGGUCAGCGACGACUCUCACUCUCAGCAGUUCUACUGGAAACACAGCGCUCUCCAGGCGAAGGCCAAGAUCAGAGACGGAUCGGGUCCGAUUCACGCUCGGAUCAACCCGAACGGUUAUCUCGGUAUGUACCAAACCGGGACCGUUCCGGUCGACGUGGAAGCGUUCAACAGCUUUCAACGGCCGGUUAACGGUCUUAUGAUUCUCCGAUUGGAAUCCGACGGGAACCUCCGGGGAUAUCUCUGGGACGGAUCUCGCUGGGCGUUGAACUACGAAGCUAUUCGAGAGACUUGCGAUCUCCCGAAUCCGUGUGGGCCUUACAGUCUCUGCACUCCUGGAUCGGGAUGCUCGUGUAUAGAUAACAGCACCGUGAUCGGAGAGUGUAGUCGCGGGGGUUCGAGAGCGGCGGACUUUUGCGGCGGUAAGACGGAGAAGUUUAAAACGGUGAGACGUGGAGGCGUUGAAGUGCCGUUUAAGGAACUGAUGGAUCAUAAAACGACGUCGUCGUUGGGAGAGUGUGAGGAGAUGUGUGUGGAGGAUUGCAAGUGUUUCGGGUCGGUUUAUAAUAACGGCUCCGGGUUUUGUUAUUUGGUUAAUUACCCGAUCAGGACGAUGCUGGGCGUUGCGGAUCCGAGUAAAAUGGGUUAUUUUAAGGUACGUGAGGGUGUAGGGAAGAAGAGAAGCCGAGUGGGAUUAACGGUUGGGAUGUCUCUGCUCGCUGUGAUUGCGUUGGCUUUAACGGUGGCGAUGGUUUACGUUGCGUUUAGGAUAUGGAGUAGAGAGAAACAUGCACUAGAGGGAGAAGAUGGUGGGUUAUCACCCGGCCCGUAUAAAAAUCUCGGGUCGGAUAGUUUUAGUUCCGUUGAAAUGAGUCGUAGGUGAUAGUUUUUUAGUUACACAUAUAUAAAAUUAGUUAACCCUUUUUUUUUUUUUGCUUUAUGCAACUUGAAUAUUGUCUUCUUG